AAUCAUGUUGGCAAACUAGAUGUUUGUUAGUGUUUUUAGUGUUGUUUUUGUUUAUUAUUCAACCAAAUGAUUGAAAAGUGUAACGUAUAGGAACAAAUUUACCGGAAUCGCCAAGAACGACGACUUUCACUUUUUCAAUUGCAGCCAUUCAAAAGAAACACCACUAGCAAGUUCCUACUGACACCCAACACUACGAUUCCAGUGUUGCCAGAAGGUUACAUUUCUUACAUUUUUCGUUACUUUUGACCCCCUCGCGUAACAUCACUGCAUCCACGAUGACAGAGGAGCGGCUUGUAACGGAAGUACCCAGCAGCCUGAAACAAUUAGCUCGUCUCGUUGUUAGAGGAUUCUACACAAUAGAAGAGGCACUCAUAGUAGAUAUGUUGGUCAGAAAUCCUUGUAUGAAAGAAGAUGAUAUUUGCGAGCUUUUAAAAUUUGAAAGAAAAAUGUUGAGGGCAAGAAUAUCAACCCUCAAAAAUGAUAAGUUUAUUCAAGUGAGAUUAAAAAUGGAAACAGGUCCUGAUGGCAAAGCACAAAAAGUUAACUAUUAUUUCAUAAAUUAUAAGACAUUCGUUAAUGUGGUCAAGUACAAAUUGGAUUUAAUGCGCAAACGAUUAGAAACUGAAGAGAGAGACGCCACAAGUCGUGCGAGUUUUAAAUGUCCAUCGUGCGGGAAAACUUUCACGGAUCUUGAGGCUGAUCAGUUAUACGAUAUGAUGACACAAGAAUUUCGUUGCACAUUUUGCAAUCAAGUCGUGGAAGAAGAUCUCUCAGCACUUCCUAAAAAGGAUUCGAGAUUAUUAUUAGCCAAAUUCAACGAACAACUGGAAACAUUGUACAUAUUACUGCGAGAGGUAGAGGGCAUUAAAUUAUCGCCUGAAAUAUUGGAACCAGAACCAGUGGAUAUCAACACUAUACGAGGAUUGACUAUGAAACAACCGAUGGCGCGGCCUUCAGGAGAACAAUGGUCCGGUGAAGCGACUCGCAACCAAGGCAUGUUGGUGGAAGAGACGCGCGUCGACGUCACCAUCGGCGAGAACGACAACGCCGUGGACCCCAACGCGCAGCGCAAGGAACGCCCCGUCUGGAUGGUGGAGAGCACCAUCGUCACCAACGACCAGAGCGAUAGCAUACAUUCAACAGAUGCUGCUCUUGAAAAAGCAGCAAACAACGCAAGCAACAAUAAGAGUGCCGCCAAAGAGAAGAACGACGAUAUUAUGUCGGUGCUGCUUGCGCAUGAGAAACAAAAUACAGGAAAUCCGACAUCGAACGCCGUGAAGGGCAUCGAACCUGACAGUUCGGAUUCCAGUGACAACGAAUCUAAAGAUCCGUAUAAAUUGAAAGAUGAGAUGGCUGCUGUCGCCGAAAUGGAAAGCGAGGAUUCUGACACAGACGAGAACGAACCAACUGUUAUGGUGAACGGAAAAGCGGUUGCAUUAACGAGCAUCGACGAUGACGUCAUCGCACAAAUGUCACCAUCCGAAAAGGACACCUAUAUUCAAGUGUAUCAGGAAUACUACAGUCAUAUGUACGACUAAUUGUCUCCGAAACACAUAUUAAAUGUACAGCGUCAAAUUAUUCUUU